AGGGGAAAUAAGAAGCAGCGCCAUAGAUCAACAGUUCCAGAAAUACAAAGCUGAGGCUGAAUAUUUUAGAAAUUUGGCACCAGAGAGGCAGAAAAGUCUCUUGGAAGAAAAACUGAGGCAUAACGAGACAAUCACUCAUCUUAAGCCGCACUACAAAGGUACGGACCUUUACAGUUUAACAGAUAACGCACACGAGACUCCACCUCCUGCUGAUCAACUGAUGACGAUGGAAGGGGAGAGGGGAAGAGGUCGUACCGGUGCGGCUAAGCUUGACCCGUCAGUCAUUAAUGAUGAAAUGGAGGAACAAAAGAAGAGAGACAAGAUUAAGGAAGAUGGACAGUUCUUCAUGCAUUGGCUAAAGGAGUGUACUCCGUUUGGUUUUUCCCCAGAGGAGGUACAAAUUGCUCUUAAACGUAGCCCCAAGGACCCAUUGCAUUAUCUUCAGAAUAAAUGGCUUGAAAUCAUCAAGAAUGCAAUAGUGGGAGUUAAAUUCGAAAAGUGCAAUAAAGGAUCAUAUGGUAUACCGUCUAGAAAUGAGAUCAGAUUGGUAUUGAUUGAGUGUCAAGGAGACAUAACGGCUGCAAAGAAGCUCUGUGUGAAAAAUAGGAAGAAAAAGAUCAAUGAACUCUUUAAAAAGAUUGAUGGGCGGUUUCAAGUCUCGUGGGAUGAUGCUGUACAGGCACUAUCAGAGACUGAGCUUGAUGUAGACCAAGCCUAUUACACUGUCCAGCGCUAUGGACUCCAGGAGCUCUACGAGUACCUGAUGAGUGACUUUAGUAAGAUGGUCAGUGAAGGACAGACUGAGAUGGAGUACUUAAAGGGCCUCAUCAUUGAGAGAAUGAAAAAGAAAGACUCUGAAGACGUGUACAAU